GUUUCUUUUCUACCUUAUUUCGUGAGCAACCUUGCCUGCGCAAGACAUGCCACCAUCGCGUCUAAUCCAUCUAUAUAGCUUCCUGGGGGCCGCCCUCGUUUCUCGUCCCGCUCCCUUCCUGACUUCACUUACACCACCACGAACAACAACAUCAACAACACCAUCGUGACAACUGUCUCCUGACCUGAACUGAAUCGCCUUCACUCGAGUUCUAUGUUCAGUCACCAAAAAGGAUAGUAGUUGUCCUCGACCUUCGUUUAUACUUUGAUCUCAUUGCUUGCCUCACUGGCUAGUCGGCGUCAUCAUACAAAGCCAAGCUUGGGAUUUGCAGUCCAAAACGAACAACAGCAAAAGCUCCAAAAAGGACAAACCAACCAAUUUUCUCGGCCUGAGUUCGUCGCCCGAUUCUUGUUCGGCGCCCCGGACUUGGUUGCCUACUUCUCUGAUCCUCCAUUCAACAUCUGCUAUGCCAUAUAGACAACAUAUCGACCGCGAAGACUUCGCCAUGAUGUAUCCGGAUCCACCCCACGGCGCCUUUUCUGCUGCUUCUAACAGCAUGGAACACCUCAACCUUUCAACAGAGUCCUACUACCCAAGGCAACAACAACAGGAGUUCCAUCCCACAAUGACAUUUGACACUCAUGGCCUCUACGCCGACGUUUCUGGUGUUCAGUCAUAUGGUAACAACCCUGGCCUCUCUCCCAGCAUCUAUGCAGAUGAUGCUUGUGCCCCGGGUCUUCAUCAUAUUCACUCAGCUCCCCCGUCUGUCGACUCUGCGCCAUCUUCUGCAGUUGGAUCACCCCGCUCUGCACAUGGCCAACCGCAAAAUGUAUCAGAAUGGCCUUCCCACGGUAACCUCAUGCCCGGCAUCGUGGGCCACGGCGACUUCUACUCAGCGCACGAGUACUCGUACUCGACGGGCGCUACGCAGGCUAUGGAUGACUUUUCCGCUUUCGAGUACGCCCAACAACCACAUACCAAGCCUGGAUUUGUGGCAGAUCCCACGCUCAUCCAUCCUGGCAUGCAAAAUUUCGAGUCCUCAUACCCGCCGCCACCAUCAUCAGGCUACCCAACAUCGCCUGGCCUGACUACCGGCUCUCCUCAGCACCGGAACGGCAGCAUAUCACCACUGCCAUACCUGCCUAACAGUAACUACCACCACCAGCAACAGCAUUUCGGCCAGUUCCCUGCCAGCUUGGAUACGCGCCGCCAGAGCAUCCACUCGUUUGUGUCCGGCUACUCGGCUGCAGCAGAGCCACAGUUCAGCGGCGAUGAGGCCGCCAAGGAGAAGCAGCGCUGCCCACACCCCGAGUGCGGCAAGAUCUUCAAGGAUCUCAAGGCGCACAUGCUCACCCACCAGACGGAGCGUCCUGAAAAAUGCCCCAUCGCGACAUGCGACUAUCACAUCAAGGGGUUUGCGCGCAAAUACGACAAGAACCGCCACACUCUGACGCACUACAAGGGAACCAUGGUGUGUGGUUUCUGUCCCGGAUCAGGAUCGGCAGCGGAGAAGUCGUUCAACCGCGCCGAUGUCUUCAAGAGGCACUUGACGGCCGUGCACGGCGUUGAGCAAACACCUCCCAACAGCCGCAAGAAGUCUGGCUCGGGCGCCGCGGCCAAGAAGCUGUCUAGCUACGCUCCCGACGCAACCGGCAAGUGCAGCACCUGCUCUGGUACCUUCACCAACGCACAGGAGUUCUACGAGCAUCUGGACGACUGUGUGCUACGCAUCGUGCAGCAAGAGGACCCGGCCGAGGCGAUCAACGCCAAGAGGCUGGCCGAGGUGGCCGACGACAAGGAGGUCCACAUGACACUGGAUAAGAACAAUCUGCCGACGGCGACUAUGACAACAUCGAUGGAGAACGAGGACGAGGACGAAGACAUGAUGGACGACGAGGAUCUUCCCUCGCCCGGCACAUCAAACAAGCGUUCAAAGGCCUCCCGUGGCAUGACCAGCUCACGCAUCGGCAUCACUCCCCCUCAGGCCAAGCGCCGCAAGGGCCGCCGUGACUACCCAACAUCGUGGGGUUUCGACAAGGGUCAGAUGAACCUGAAGAAGAGGACCAUUACUGCCUUUGACGGCUCGCGACGCCUGAACAAGGACGAGUUUUGGGUCCCCACCGACAAGGAGGUCAGGAUCAACCUGCUAGACGGCAAGUCAUAUGUCACCGACGUUGAUGUGCGCACCUUGGAGCGCGCCAACGGCUUCCUCAACGCCACCGAUGCCGAGAAGGGACACUGGGACAGUGAGAACCCCGCAACUGAGCAGAUGAUGCUCAGGGGAUUGUGAUGGGGAUGCGCUCUGAAGAAAAGAAAAUGCUUUUUGCUGGGUUUUGCCUCAGUGCCACCCUGACUCAUACUUGAAGGCUUUGUAUAAUUUGGGAACUGGGCAUUAAUGGGAGGGAGGGGAGUUGGGGUGUUAUUUUUAUACCAUCAUGGCCAUGUUCAUGCGGUCUCACGAUACCCUGUGUCUUGUUUUUUGUUUUCUCCUCACUACAUCAUUUAUCUUGAUCGCUUUGUUACUCAUUGCGAGACAAGCCUGUACUUGGAAGAUAAUCUUUGUUGUUUGCUAUUUAUGUGUAAUGACCUCACUUGAUACCUGAUACACUACCAAAAGAAUAUCUUCAACUCACUUCUCUC